ACCGAGUGCAAAUCCGGCCCCCAGGGGACAAACUAUUCUCGCUUGCCCCUCAUGUUGACGGAGGAGGCAUCGAGAGGUGGGAAGACAAAGCAUAUAAUCACGUUUAUCGUAAGAUUUUCCAAGGAAAGUGGCAAGAGUACGACCCAUGGGAUCUGACCGGCCGGCUUGAUGCAAAUAUGAACAUGUACGAUGGACCAGGAGGAUGCUCAGUUUUCCGAACAUUCCAAGGCUGGCUUGGGUUGUCUCGUCAUGGGCCGAAUGAAGGUGAGUCGGUGGUACGCAAUCGCAUCGAGUAUCGCUAGCGAACUCAGAAACUCUUGUUACCCACCCUAUACUGCAGCCGUCCACCGCUUAUUGGAUGCUCAGACCAUUCUUCAAACCUACACAGAAGGGCUCGCUGAAUGGAUGGAAAUUCUCCCUUGACGAUGAUGACGGUAACGUUUUUCUUCACGGGGCAAAUCCUGGGACUGCGCAAGAGCAUAAUCCUGAUCACCACCCUCAUUUGAUGCUAAGUGAAACCAUGAUACCGUAUCCUACUGUAGAGCCGGGUGAUACGGUUUUCUGGAGUGCGGACACCAUUCAUGGCACAGAAAGCGAGAACACAGGAAACACAGAUGCUUGCGUCUUUUAUAUUCCAUCGGUUCCGCUCACUCUCAAUAACGCGCAAUAUAUCGCGCAGCAGCGAGACUCUUUUUUGAAAGGAGUUCCCCCGCCGGACUUCCCUGGUGGGGUCGGAGAAUCUGAAUUCACUGAUAGAGCGAAGAAAGAAGAUAUCUUGGAUGGAUUUGGCAAGGUUGCUAUGGGUUUGAGUCCCUUGAAAAUUGAUGGAGCAACCGCGAGGCAAGAGGCGCUUGCGCGUGAUGUGAAUAAAAUUUUGGGCUAUUAAGGGUGCCUCAAUGGAUCAAGCACACUGAAAUACGCAGGAAUUGAAUUUAUAAUGACCAUACGCAUUUAUUUGACUCGAAUCAGUCCUUUGUAAAA